UUCACUCGGACUGUAUUGCGCUGCGCACACAGCUGAUCAUGUGACUGCUCCGACAGUUCACAAACAUAACCCGAUGAUUCCUUUUGACGGAUGAUAUAUUAAAAGCGUCAGAAAAUGCUGUUAGUUUUAUCUGAAGAGCACAAGGAGCAUUUAGGAUUCUUGUCAGAAGUGGAUGCCCCGGUUGUUGGUGAAUUCGGCAGAAUCGCUGUGGAGUUUCUGAAAAAAGGCUCGAAUCCUAAGAUAUUCGAGGGAGCUGCACGGAAGCUGAAUGUGUCGUCAGAGAGCGUGCAGCACGGCGUGGAGGGCUUGAUGUAUCUCCUCACUGAGAGCUCCAAGCUAAUGAUCUCGGAGGUGGAUUUCCAGGACUCUGUGCUGGUGCUGGGAUUCUCCGAGGAGCUCAAUGAACUUCUGCUCCAGCUGUAUUUAGAGAACAGGAAGGAGAUCCGACAGAUUCUGAGCAAACUCGCCCCUAGCCUCCCUCAUUACCACAACCUGGAGUGGAGGCUGGAUGUUCAGCUGGCGAGCCGGGCGCUCCGACAGCAGGUGAAGCCCACGGUGACGCUGAAGCUCCACCUGGAGGACGGUGCGAAGCGCAGAGCCCACGUCCUGCAGACGGACCCCGCCACGCUGCAGCAUCUCAUCCACGAGCUGGAGCGAGCGCUCGCAGAGCUCAAGAGCAACCACUGUCGCCGCAUCCUCCGCAACAUCAAAUAGAGCUCCUCACAGACCAAUCAGUGCAGAUCUCAUCGUUUCAUUUGUGCCACAAGUAUUAACUGGUGCCUUUGCUUUGAAGUAAACACACAGUUCACCCAAAAAUGUAAAUGAUGCCAUUGUUUACUCACCCUAAUGUCAUUCCAAACCUCUAUGAAUUUAAAUUUGCACGUUUUACGAGGUGACUAUUUGUACAAAUUUGUAUGACUUCACUUAUAUAAAUUUGUAAAUUAUGUAUUUUACAAGUUCCCCAAUUCGAACAAAGCUGUACAACCUCACUCAUUCUAAUUUGUGUGAUUUUUUUUUUUUUUUUUUUCUAAAUCGUACGUAUUUUACGAGUUCCCCAGUUGGUAUGAAUUUGUAUGAGUGACCCUCUCCUAACCUCACCCCUAUACCUACCCAUCACUGCGGUCUUGGCAAAUCCUACAAAACUGUUUGAGUGAAGUCUUACGAAUUAGCCACCAUUAAAAACACGUAGGAGUUGGUUUGUAAAACAGUGCUGAACCAUUUGGUUACCAACAUUCAUCAAAACAUCUUCCUUUAUGUUCCACAAGAAAAAGGGGGUGAAUAAAUAUUUUUAAUAAAAAAAUGUAAUAAUUUUGGAGCAUCUUUAUUUUUUGGCAGAAGGUUUAGAUCCCCAAGGAAUUCAUGCAUCUUUUGGACCAAGUUAUUUAACGUCAUAUUGAUCAGUGUUAGCACUUUUUCUAAGGUGUCUAAGUAAUGAUCAGGCCUCGGCUGAAUCUGCAGAUUUAUUUUAUGUAUUUUUUUUAUUUUUAUUUCAUGCACAUAUUUUGAGUGGGAAUCAUGCUCGAGCAGAUUCAGUGCUUGCCACUUAAUGAGGCCAAAAUGACCAAUAAAC